GUACUGCGGCUCGGCCAUUAAUCAAAAUGGCGAAAAGUUGAAUGAACCUAAGCUAACACAAAGGACUUUUUUAGGGAAAAUAUCGGGGAUUUUUAAGAGAUAAAGAAGCAUUUGGGUAAAGAUAUAUAAAAUGAUAAUCCUUGGAAGGGUCUUGGUGUUCUUUGGUGUGCUGGCAAUACUCCACGCGGGCUAUUCUGCCGUGCAAUGUCGAACAUACUACAAACUCCUUGAAGAAGAAUUCGUCUCACUGCCAUUAGAUAUCUACAUCCAGUGUGUGCUUGGCAUGCUGCUAGGGUGUGUAGGAGUGGUACUUGUUGCUGGGGAAUUUAAAGAGAUAAAAGCUGCUGCAGAAAUGGCGAGCAAGACCUGGGAAUCUCUAGGGAACAGGCCCUCCUUCUACACAUUCAAUCACAGAGGGCGGGCAAUGUUUGCUAACCUGCCGCAAAGUGGAACCUGGUGAUUGUAGUGCCAUAUCACAUCUGCUUUUUGCUGAUUUGAGUCCAAAAAUGAAGGAACAAUAGAAUUAAGCACCUGACAAUACUCAUCUGACAAUUUCAUUGUAACCUGUUUGCAAAGCCUGAAUUCUUAGUAGGAAUCAAGCGCAAGUGUAAACACAUGGAUAGUGAGAUUGUAAGCAAGGGCAGGUGUUACCUCCUAGUGAAAACCAAAGACACACCUGCUUAUGUAAACAUGCAGAAACCAAGUUUGCCUGGUUGUCCAGGCAUAUUCAAAAGAAACACAAGAAGUGUACAUGUACCUGAUGUUGUUUUUCACCUUAGCCUACUGUACGCUUUAUAUAAAUAAGAACAAUGUUACACUGUUGCCCAGAAAUUAUCAAUUCUUGAGUAGAUUUUUCUCUGAAAACAGCAUAUAAAAAGCUACUCAUAUUCCAAAGUUAAUUAAUCUGUUUGCAGAUUUCAAUGGUGAAAGAAAACUUUUGAAAACAUCUUUUAUAGUUCCAUAGAUACUCAGAGUCUAUAAUAACAUUCUCUUUUAAUUCCAUGUGCAAUAACUAUCUAUAAAUAUAGUUUUCCCCUAGAAAAA